ACUUCCUUUUUGCUUGCGGCUGCCAAUUGAAGCGCAACCUACACGUGAAUUCUCUGCGUGAAACUAAGAAAUUCAACAAUAACCAUGGACAAACCAGUUGUUUGGGCUCGCGUGAUGAAAGUUCUCGGCCGCACCGGCUCUCAGGGCCAGUGUACACAGGUCAAAGUGGAGUUCCUUGGCGAGCAGAACCGUCAGAUCAUCCGCAACGUGAAGGGACCCGUCCGCGAGGGCGACAUCCUCACCCUCUUGGAGUCUGAACGUGAAGCCAGAAGACUUCGCUAAGUAAGCACUGCUGCCCGACGUUGUGGAGUGCUCGAUAUGUUUCAUUAAAGACGCCUUUGCACAUUGAAAGAUGCACGAGGCUCGCGCCUUCAAAACAACCGUCGAUUGCACCAAAAAUCCUCUUCGCAAUCUAAAUAAAACGGCCAAAAUUCGCAACAAAUGUGGAAAUGUGUUCUAAAUAAAUAAAUAUCGAGUGCUGA